UUGUGUUGCUGUACAGUGUCUGGUAGUCUAGUAGCAACCCUGUCUUGAGUUUAUUCAGUUAUUUAUUUUUUCUUUAAAAAAAAGAAGAAAUUUACAAAGGCAUUAAUUGCAAGUAGUAAUGGGAAACUAUUAUGGAAAAAGUUUCGAAGAAAGUGCUGUCGAAAUGUGUAAGUCAGGAACUGGACAAUAUUGGCUUCGAUCGGAAAAGAAUCCGAGAAAGGAUCCAUGCAAACAGCAGAAGUUCCAAGGCAAAAGACAUUUCAACUAAAAGAAUUCUUAAAACUGAUGAAAUUGAAAAAAUAUUUGUUGGAAGUCGGCGUGAAGGGAUUGGAUUACCUUACUUCAAUGACCUUGACAUCUUGCAGAUAAAUCAUGGAAUCACCUGCAUUAAAGACAGACGAAAUAUCCAAUCGGACGACAAACUGGUGUUUCAAAUGAUACAGAAAAAAGCCCCAGCAGGGUACACUUUUCUUAAGCUACUGAACAAAGAAACUAAUGACUGCACCAAGUUAGAGAAAAUCAAAUAUGCUUUGGUAAAGAGAAAACAAGGGAAAUUCCUUUCAAGUAAAAUCUUUAUGACGAAAAAUGAUGACGUUUUCAAAACAGGCGAAGGAUUAAUCAGUCAAAACACAUUUUACAAAUCUCCUAGAGGACCAUCAAUUCCAAAAUACGUAAAAAAUGAUCUCAUUAAAGAGUAUCUUUCCCAAAUGAAUUUAAAAGAAGAAGAAAUGGACUUUGUACGUGCCUUCCCAUGCCAAGCAGAAUGGAUUCUUAGGGCAUGGAAUGAAAGAAAUAGAAAGCAUGGUUGGCCUAGUAGAAAAACGAUCGCCCAUGUCAUGACACUGCCUACAUACGUUGUACCCGUUGGCCAGAAACACAGUGUCAAUGCCGAUCUACAAUGGAUAAUCAGCUUUACAGUACCAGAAACAUACUUAAUUCAGACCUUCAACAAUAUUCAAACAAAGGUGCUGACCUUAAUGAAACUGAUCGCAAAAUAUAUUCUACAACCAGUAUGCAAAGACCUAACUUCCUAUGUUGUCAAGACGGUUAUGCUCUGGAUGGCUGAGAAUAUUCCACAGAAAAAGUUCCGACAAAAACAUCUGAUCGCCAGGCUGAAAGACGCUCUGGAAUACCUUGAAACCUCUGUGGAAAGAAAAUAUCUACCAAGCUACAUGAUCCCUAAGAGAAACCUUUUCACAAAUAAACUGCAAAAGCACCAGCAGAAGUUAGUACUGCUUAAAUUGAAGUUCCUAAUUAAAAACGGAUUGAAAAUGGUCCGUGACUUACUUUACAAUUCAGAUACUCAUAAUGCAGAAGUCUCUUCAGUAAGGAAUAAAAUCUAUGCAGCAAAUGUCCUAGACAAAUAUGAAACAUGUAAAAUGGCCUUGUUUACAACAAAGCAACUUGCGGAUUACUGCUACACCAUGUUCUUCUUUUCUGCAAGAUGGCAAAUGGCAGUAUAUACUGGACUGUUUCAUGUAGCACCAUUUGUCUACAAAUAUGGCAGGCUUGGCUAUUCAGACCCGCUAAGCUUCGACCUUUCAGACGUCUUCGCUAAACAGGAGAAAGAAGAACAGGCUGUACUUAAAUGUAACACUGAAAAUCAGCUUUAUAGCUCACAGCAUGAGUGGAAGUUCUCUAAUUGUGAUUUGCUCAUGUUGAUGAACACAAAUAUUCCAAGUCUGAUGCUCUCUUUAGCUUUCGUUUUACCACUUGAUGUGUUUUUCACAAUAUUCUGCAUUGCAAUUCUUUUACCAUAUAUCUUUAAAGAACGUGGCAGGAUUUUCCUGAUGUAAUUUAACUGGCUAUUAUAAGCCUCGGACAGAAUCAAACAUUAACAAACAAUUUUUCGAAACAAGUAUCAGAUCUGGUGUUGAUCAUGAAUCAGUACCAUACUUAAUUCAAUUUUUUUUUACUUUAAUUCUUUAUGGAACUUUUAUUGCCUAGAAAUGUUAAUAGUACCUUAUUUGCAACAAAUAGUAAAGAGUAAAGGUUAAACGGCAAAAACGACAUUUCCACAUAUAACUAAUGCUAAGGGCAGCAUUAGUUUACCAAUUGCUCAAUCUCGAGUAUUUUCAAUACAAUACCAUCUGAAUUAGUAGCUUAUUACUCUGCAGAUCAUGAAAGCAAACAUAUCAACAUACAACGUAUAUUACAUAGAUAAUGCUUUUUGUCUUUUAACAUUUUGCUUCUAUUUUCUUUAAUAUUUUCAAAGUUAGUAAAUAAAGUGUACGCUUUAUUUGU